GCUCAUCUUUCCUUCCACAGGAACCAAAUGCAGCAGAACAGAAAUCAGAGUACUGGAGUUGUCUUUGUCUUCCUGGGAUUCUCAGAAUAUCCAAACUUGCAGGUGCCACUGUUCCUGGUGUUUAUGACAAUCUAUACCAUUUCUGUGCUUGAAAACUUAGGUAUGAUUUUGAUCAUCAGGAUUAAUCCCAAACUCCACAAUCCCAUGUACUUUUUCCUUAGCCACUUGUCUUUUGUUGACUUUUGUUACACUACUGUAAUUACACCAAAACUGUUACACUACUUGAUAACAGAAGACAGGUCUAUUUCCCCCAAACGAUGCCUAGCAGAGUUUUUCUUUGGUUGCACUUGUGUCAUUACCCAAACAUUUAUGUUAGCUGCCAUGGCCUAUGACCGCUUUGUGGCUAUCUGUAACCCAUUGUUGUAUACAGUUGCCAUGUCUCGUAGGUUCUGUGCUCUCCUGAUAGCUAGCACUUACCUGUGGGGUGGACUUUGUUCCUCCACACUCACUUAUUUUCUUUCAGCACUGUCAUACUGUAGAUCUACCCUCAUUAAUCACUUCUGCUGUGAGCACUCUGCCAUCCUCUCUGCAGCCUGCUCUGACACCACGCUCAGCCAGCUGGUAUGCACAGUCAUUUGUACAUUCAAUGAGAUCUGCAGCCUUAUCAUCAUCAUUGUGUCCUAUGUGGUCAUCUUUGUGACUGUCAUCAAGAUUCCUACAAAGGGAGCACUCAGAAAAGCCUUCUCCACCUGUGCCCCCCAUCUGACUGCCAUCUGCUUCUGCCAUGGGACGAUUCUCCUUCUCUACUGCGUUUUCGAAUCUAGAAGCUCCCUGCUCCUGGUCAAGGUUAUCACUGUGUUUUAUAGCAUGGUCAUCCCUAUGCUGAACCCUCUUAUCUACAGUCUCAGAAACAAUGAUGUAAAGGAAUCUGUAAGGAAGUUAAUUCACAUACAAGGCCUUUCUCACUCAUCAUAA